CCGCUGGCUGUGGCCGGGGGAAGCUUGAGGGAAUCGGGAUGCAGUCAGCCCAAAGUGUCGGUCGGACACCAGAACUGGGACUGAACGGUCCACCUCGGAGAUUAUGAUCGGAACCUCGGGCUUCAGGUGAACCGGGCCGACAUGGACUAAGCGGAGCGGGGAGCGAGUCCCGGUCCAGUCCAGGGCGGCGUCAUGGCGGCACGCUUUCUGGACCGCCUGAAGCGCUCUCUGUUCAAGACCGGCCCGGGCGCCGACCCGGACCGGGAGGACGGCGACCCGGAGAGCGAGGGGCGGGGCUUCAGCGAGGAGCAGUGGGAGGCGGAGCUGGAGGAAGAGGAGGAGUGCGUGACGGAGCGUCUCCGGGGAACGCUGUGCUUCGAUGACGGAGAGCUCGGCGGCGAGGACGGCGGCGAGGCGAUAGACAGCGACUCGGACUUCCUGGGCGAGUCGCUGGAGGACGGACUGAGCAGCACAGAUGCCAGUCCGGUGGGCGUGUCCCCCAUUGGCCCCGCCUCCUCCACCCUGCACCGGCAGCUCCAGGACGGCUGGCGGACCCUGCGCGGACUCGGCGGGUCGAGUCCCGGCCACGGCGUGAGACGGCCGGCAGACGGGCUGCUGUUCGAGGUGACGGACGCCAGCGUGGUUCAGGACGGCGCCGCCAAGUAUGUGCUCUACGCCAUCCAUGUCAUCCAGUCCGGCGGCAGCGACAAGAUGCCCGCCGUCAUCACCCGCCGCUACUCCGACUUCCAGCGGCUCCACGCCACUCUGAGGCGUAACUACGGCAACCAGAUGGAGCGCGUCUCGUUUCCCCGAAAGAAGCUGCGCAGGAACUUCACGGCGGAAACCAUCGCUAAGCGGAGCCGGGCAUUCGAGCAGUACCUCUCUCACCUGUGUUCGCUGCCCGACCUGCGGGGGGCGCCGAGUGUGCGGCAGUUCUUCUACCUGAGCGACCUGCAGGCCGGCCAACUGCUCAUCAGAGCUGAACGUUUCCAGGAGGCUCUGGGUCCGCUGCUCAACGCCAAGAGACUCCAACACAAGCUGGGCUGGGCCAGUUACCAUGACGAUGAGACACAGGCCCCGCCCCCAGCCUCCUCCCAUUGGUUCUUCACCCUGGUGGGGCUGGCUUGUUGUUUCCAGGAGGUGGAGCAGCUGGAGGAGGCUCUGGAGCACUGUGACCACGCCCUCUGCAUGCUCCUGCCCCUCCCACUGCAGGACAAACUCCCCUUCCAGCUGGACGCAGCGCUGCAGUCGCUGGCGCUGCCGCUGCUGCAGGCGGUGAUCCGUCUGUCGUGGCAAACAGGAAGAGACAAGCAGCGGUGGGAGGAGCAUCUGCAGGAGCUGGAGGGGGCGGGGCCAGAUGACCAUGUGACCAUCGGGGACUUCCUGGUCAAACACAAACUGCAGGAGAGCGAUGGCGAUGGCUGAGGUGGCGCGCAGCAGGAAGCAGAGAGUCCUGCUUCCUGCUGCGGGCAUCAAGUAGAAAAAGCAAUAAAUGAGAAGAGUUUUUGGUUUUGGAUGGAAAUUAAAUGUAAUCUGAGCCGCCGCCCUGAUUAGAUCCAGGUUAGAGGUCGGCUUGACUGCUGCCGACAGAAGCAACGCCGCAGUUUCUCCUUCUCGGAAACGACCUGAAACCUCCUCAGAGUUUCACAUCCGCUUUCAGCCAGACCACCUGACUGAUCAGACUGAAAGCAGUUUAACAGCUGCAGGGCCUGCGGCGGCGCCCGCUGCAGCAGGGCCUGAGGCGGCGCCCGCUGCAGCAGGGCCUGAGGCGGCGCCCGCUGCAGCAGGGCCUGAGGCGGCGCCCGCUGCAGCAGGGCCUGAGGCGGCGCCCCCUGCAGGCACAGACCUGGCUGCAGUUGCCACGGAGACCCCGAGUGAUGACGAGAUGGUGGAUAGAUGUGAGCUUUGAUUUGCAUCAGCAGCUAAUGUGACAAUCUGACGGCUGAUUAGUGAACAAAGGAUUAAAGAAGGAACAAAGUUCACAGCAUCAUUCGUUGAAUUUAAGUCCAUGAAUCAUAACACAGCAGUAUUAUGACUCCAUAAAGCUCCACAUUUCAGUGGCACAUUUUCAAUCAAAAACUAGAUCAGAAAAAUACGGAAAAUAGAUGUAACUAUAGUCACUGAAGCAAUUAUUUCUGUCUGCAUGCAGUUCCAGGUUGGGGUCAGCAGAGGGCAGAGUUUCAGACUGACUGGAGACUUUAACCUGAACUUCCUGCUCUUUGGGACUUUGAAUAAGUUCAGGUGAAUUUUCCGUUAAGUUUCAUCAUUUUCAGUUUGAUGUUUUUUCAGGUCAUUUUCUACAUGUCAUUUCGAUUCGUUACUGAUAAUCUAAAAAACCUCGAAGAAGGGAAUUUAUUGUCAUUUCUUGUGUCCAGAUUUAUCACCAGUUUGCCUUUAAUAUUAGUUUCCGUUGUUUUUCUGUUAAUUUGUGUUUCAGAUGAUUUUUCUGGUUUGUGGUUUGGAAUGGCAGCAAAAAGCAUUUUUGGUCAAAAUGAAGUUUAAAAAUAAUAAUUUUCUUUCAGAGGCUGAAUAUAAAGUAACAACAACAUAACCUAGUGAUGCAAUUAAUAUUUUUCUGCUGGAAACGUCUGCUGGUUUCCACAGCAGGCAGCCUCCAGGGCGCGAUAGAGAGUUUAGUUUCGUAGAAGCUUGUCUGGUUGGAUUGAAAUCAAACUGAACUUUUCGCCUGAAACCUAAAAACCAAACUCUUUUAAAGGAGGAACAAAGUUCAUGUCUCUGUUUGUCAGGGAGCGUAAACACAGACGGACCUUCCUGUGGAGUUUGAUUUAAAAGAUUUAUCCAAAUAUGUUUUUAUGGAAUAAAACUUUUAAUUAUUAUUGUAA